AUGCCGUCUGCGUCUUCUCCUAUCUCGUAUCCUCAAAGCUCCUCGCCACCGGUGGCCAAACGCCCACGCCAUGCGAAGCCAGCAGACGUGCGAAAGCCGAAGACCAUCAGUGGUUUCUUGAUUGAGGAGGACUCAGAUGAGGAUGAUUUCGUACGGGAAGAACCUGCGCCGAAACGGAGGAUGUUAGAGGGCUCCCGGUCUCAAUCUCCGGAAGAACCAGUAACCGAAAGCAAUAAAGUCGGAGCAGAUGUGGAACAGCAGCUUCCAAAGCCUAGCAAAAGCCUUGGGGAAGUGCUGAACGACAUAUCCAAAUCUAUUCCAGCUAUUAUCUCCGCUUCUAUCUCCGCUUCUAUCCACGAUGAUGGUGAGGCAGUCGAUCCUGUGGCAAUGCCUUUCUUUCUUAGUAAGAGCCUUAUGAAAACCGCCAACGUAGUAACCUGCUCUGGAAGUACGACAUCGAUUCAGCAACGAAAGAAAGCUGCUCCUGUUCCUUUUGAGCAACUGGCUGCAGCUAGGUCAACUACAAAAGCUGGAAGGGCAAAGAAGAGUUACUACGGAAUCGAUAUCCAUUCGUUGAUUGACGAAGCAAAUAAAGAGACCGCAGACAAGGCCAAGAGAGCCCAAAGUGCGGAGCAGCCGAUACCGUCGGUGGAGAAUAUUGGAAACACUGCCAAACCACGAAGAACCCUUAUGUGGACGGAGAAAUACCGAGCCAGGCACUUUAUGGAGCUGGUUGGGGAUGAUCGUACACACCGACAGGUUCUACGAUGGCUGAAGGCUUGGGAUCCUCUUGUUUUUCCGAAGUCAGGCAAGACAAAACCUGUGGUCACUAAACGGCCUGGUGCAGAAGCAGAAGAAGAGAAACCUCAUAGAAAGAUAUUGCUCUUGACCGGGCCUCCUGGUCUUGGCAAAACUACCCUGGCACACGUCUGCGCAAGACAAGCAGGCUACGAAGUUAUGGAAAUUAAUGCAAGUGACGAACGAAGUCGAGACGUCGUGAAAGGACGGAUACGGACCAGCGUUGGCACGGAGAGUGUCAAGACUGGGUCAACGAUAACAACGAAAUCUGGGCAAGUGAAAAAAAAUGCCCAUCCCUUGUGUGUGGUUGUGGAUGAAGUAGACGGGGUGGUUGGGGGUUCUGGUGGCUCCGGAGAAGGUGGUUUCAUCAAAGCUCUGAUUGACCUUAUCCUCCUGGACCAGAAGAAUUCUGCUACGGUUGGCCCUACCCAAACCCGGAAAAAGAAGAAAGGAGAUGAUUUCAAACUGAUGCGACCUCUGAUACUUAUCUGCAACGAUGUGUAUCAUCCAUCUCUCAGACCUCUGCGUCAAUCCAACUAUGCAGAAAUCAUCCAUGUUCGGAAGCCCCCUCUGGAUGCAGUUAUCACACGUAUGAAGUCUGUCUUUGAGAAAGAAGGAGUCUCAUGCGACAGCGACGCUGUUCGGAGGCUGUGCGAAGCUACCUGGGGAGUCAAUGCCUCGGAAUCUCGGAAGGGUAGAGAAGGGAACGGAGAAGGCGAUCUCAGGGGUAUCAUGGUGGUGGGAGAGUGGGCCGCAGGGAAACUGAAGGCUUCCACGAAAGAUGGCACUGCACGCUUGACGCGAAAAUGGGUUGAACAAAACAUGAUGGCUGAUCUCUCACAUGGGGGAGGCGGUGCUCGAGGGGUCGGACGGGGAGGUGCCAAAGAAGUCGUGAAUCGAGUCUUCUUGGAAGGAGCUGGUUUUCCGAAAACAGGAAUUGUCAAUCCGGUCCCCGAUAUCACGGAUGAUCAACCGAAGACUCAGUUGGGUGUUGCUGAGUUGGCGAAGAAGGCUGGAAUGUCCAGACUGAGAGAGAUGGUCGACACGAGUGGGGAUAUCGAUCGCAUUGUAACCGAGAUCUUCAGCCAGUAUCCCAGCCAACCCUUCAACGAUGACUCGAUAUUAUCAAAGCCCGACGCAGCAUACGAAUGGCUACAUUUCCACGAUACAUGCUCGCAUCGAGUUUUCACAAACCAAGAUUUCGAAUUAGCACCAUACCUGAGCCAACCCGUCCUUGCAUGUCACCACCUUUUCUCAUCGCCUGCUCGACACUACUUUGGUGGACCAAACGAACAGACGAAGUGGGGAGAGGAAGAAGAAGCGGAAGAUCCGCUUCCAUUUACAGGACCCAGAGCGGAUUAUGAAGCCCACGAGGCGGAAAAGUCGAAACGGGCAACCAUUCUCGCUCUGCAGGCGAGCCUGAAUGCUACCUUACUGAGGAGUUUCAGAAGCCCUGAAGAUAUCGCCACAGACUUGCUGCCGUAUCUAGUCAGAAUGCUCACUCCUGAGAUCAAACCCAUUAUUGUUGGUGGGAGUGGUGAUCAGAGAGGAAUUGCGAGUGUGAGAAAAGAAGCCGAGAAGGCGAUGGUCAAAAGGUCCGUAGAUGUUAUGGGGGCUGUCGGUGUCAUAUUUGAGCGUGGUAAGCUCGAAGCAGAAUUCGGAAGCAGAACGACGCAAUGGGUGUACCGAAUGGAGCCACCACUGGAUACACUGGUCACAUUUGAGACUGCUUUAUCUUCUGAGGGGGCGCCUGCUCCAGUGCGAUAUGCCGUCCGCCAAGUACUGGACCAAGAAUACCAGAAAAACAUCAUCGUUCGCGAGAAUGCAGCUAGGCAGGCGCGCUACAAGGCCGGAAAUCCCGAAGACGACAUCGAGUUUUCGAUAUUGAACAAAGAUAAUAAAGGACACCAUGCACAGGAGCGAGUUCUAGGAGCGAAGAAAGACUUCUUUGGAAGAGUCGUCAGAGAGGAAGUCAUGCCUCUCGGAGAGAUCGAUGGUAAUGCUCGAGCAGAGGGAAACCUGGGCAAGAAGCAGGAUAGUAAGGACGACAAUAAGGUUUGGGUGAGUUUUCAUGAAGGAUUCUCGAAUGCUGUCAGGAAGCCGAUCACCAUUGAAGAGCUAUUGAGAGGACUGUGA